AUGGAAGAGAUUGGUUUGCCCCCUAUUGUUGCAGACGAUGAGCCACUCGUGCCUGUGUCAAUUGAAACAAAGACAGAUUUGUAUGCAAAAUACAAAUCCCUUGAGCGUCAUUUGGAGUUUUUAGAUAUUCAAGAGGGUUAUAUUAAGGAUGAAAUGAAGAAUCUUAAACGAGAACUCAUUCGUGCGAAAGAAGAAGUCAAACGGAUUCAAUCUGUACCGUUAGUUAUUGGUCAAUUUCUAGAAAUGGUCGAUGCCAAUUACGGAAUCGUUGGAUCAACUGCUGGAUCAAAUUACUACGUGCGUAUCCUUAGUACGCUAGACCGUGAGCGACUAAAACCCAACUCGUCGGUAGCAUUACAUCGCCAUUCUCAUGCUGUUGUGGAUGUACUGCCUCCUGAGUCAGACUCAAGUAUUCAAAUGAUGCAAAUGUCAGAACGUCCUGAUGUCUCAUACUCGGAUAUUGGUGGUAUGGACAUUCAGAAACAGGAAGUACGGGAAGCCGUGGAAUUGCCACUUACCCACUUUGAUCUGUACAAACAGAUUGGCGUCGAUCCACCACGUGGUGUACUCAUGUAUGGACCACCAGGAACAGGAAAAACAAUGCUUGCCAAAGCUGUGGCUAAUGCUACGACUGCCGCCUUUAUCAGCGUCGUUGGCUCAGAGUUUGUGCAGAAAUACCUGGGAGAAGGCCCACGCAUGGUGCGCGACGUCUUUCGCCUGGCCAAGGAAAACUCACCAGCUAUUGUCUUUAUUGACGAAGUGGAUGCCAUUGCAACGAAGCGCUUUGACGCUCAGACAGGAGCAGACCGAGAAGUUCAGCGAAUUUUGCUGGAGCUGCUGAACCAGAUGGACGGAUUUGACCAAGCUACGAAUGUCAAGGUCAUCAUGGCCACCAAUCGUGCCGAUACGCUGGAUCCAGCACUGUUACGUCCUGGUCGAUUGGAUCGCAAGAUUGAGUUUCCACUGCCGGAUCGACGACAGAAGCGCCUGAUCUACCAGGCGUGUACAGCAAAGAUGAAUCUUGGAGACGAAGUGGAUCUCGAGGAUUAUGUGAACCGCGCCGAGAAGAUCAGCUCGGCCGACAUUGCAUCAAUUUGCCAGGAAGCAGGUCUGCAAGCAGUGCGCAAGAACCGCUACGUCGUUCUGCCCAAGGAUUUUGACAAGGGCUACAAGAAUGCGAUCAAGCAGGCGGACACGACAUUCGAGUUUUAUCACUAA